AGACUUCAGAGCAAAAGUUGUUUCCCCAAAUUGUGAAUUGCAUUUCUAAUUGCUUCUCCCGCUGUCCCGCAUCUCUCUUUCGUCUUUCCUUCACAAUUUCUCAAACAAACCCUAGCCACCGCCGCCACGAGUGCACCGCAGCCACCACCGCCACCGCCACCGCCACCCUUCAGCCACCGCCACCACAGCCACCACCGCCACGUUGUAAAGUCAGUCGAUUGUAAGUGUCAGAAAGCAGGGAUGGACAGUCACAAGGUUGAAGAUAAAGAGCUAGAAUUUCGUCCAGAAGAUUCAAGUCACUUCGAAAAGUAUGGAGUUUCAGCAGCAUCUGUGGAAGCAGAACCUUGUGUCGUGGAUAUUAAAAGUUCAAACAAUAAAAGAUGGAGUAGCCACAACUUUCCAUGGGCAAAGGGGCUAGAGGAAUUCAGCGGAAGAUUAUUUGGCAAUUUUUCUUUGGAACCGGAGCAAAGAGAAGUGAUCAAUGCAACUAUGAGUGGACGCGAUGUUUUUGCAGAUGUGUCAGCUAUAGACGGACGUGAAGUGACAUAUCAGGUCCCUGCUCUUUUAUGUCCUGGGAUGACUUUGGUUGUUGUCCCACCUCUUCUCAUAGCCAACAUUAAAGUUAAGAAUCCACCAUUGGGAAGAAAAUCUAUGGGUCUAUCUGGCUUAAUGGAGCUGACUGAACAACAGAGGAUUCUGGGGGAGCUUGUGAAAGAAAGUAGUGAAUGCAAGCUGCUAUAUGUCACCGCUGGCACAAUUACCAAGUUGAGCGUGCCGAGGAGUAGAGUAGGCGAAGGUUGCCGCUAUCAUCUCACUGGAGUCCAGCCACUACAGCGGAAAUCAUCACUCUUACCAAUCUCUCGGUGCUUGCAAGUUGCCAAAGAAUAUUGUGAGCAAUUGGGUGUUGAACCUUGUAUAAAACUUUUUGAGCAAUUCAAAUCAUAUGAAGGAUUGUACUUCUUCUUGGGGUCUUAUCUGAGCUCAAGUGAGGACCCUGACAUCCAUUUUAAGUAUAUUGAAGCAGCUGCAAAGACAGGGCAGAUCAAGGAGGUUGAGCGUGUUACAAGGGAAUCAAAUUUCUAUGACCCAGAGAAGACUAAAAAUUUCUUGAUGGAAGCCAAGCUUCCGGAUGCUAGACCCCUAAUAAAUGUGUGCGAUCGAUUUGGUUUUGUUCCAGAUCUUACACACUACCUGUAUACAAACAACAUGCUCCGGUAUAUUGAAGGAUAUGUGCAGAAGGUCAAUCCUGGAAAUGCUCCACUAGUUGUGGGGCAGCUGCUAGACGAUGAAUGUCCCGAAGAUUUUAUUAAAGGCUUGAUUCUCUCUGUCCGUUCGCUUCUUCCUGUUGAGCCUCUCGUGGACGAGUGUGAGAAAAGGAACCGGCUUCGGUUACUUGCCCAAUUUUUGGAGCAUCUUGUGAGCGAAGGAAGCCAGGAUGUGCAUGUGCACAAUGCACUUGGAAAGAUCAUUAUAGACAGUAAUAAUAACCCUGAGCACUUUCUCACUACCAACCCAUAUUAUGAUUCACGUGUCGUGGGCAAAUACUGUGAGAAGCGUGAUCCUACCCUUGCUGUUGUUGCCUAUCGGAGAGGGCAGUGUGAUGAUGAACUCAUCAAUGUAACAAAUAAGAACUCCCUGUUUAAGUUGCAGGCCAGGCUCCAGGAAUGGUUUCAAUGAUGAGGGAACUCCAAAAUCCGCUGCUAGGAAGUCACCAUCUUGGAAUUGAUGAUACCAAAAAUAUUGCAAGAGUGGUACAACACAUGCUUAUAGAUGGUGCUCUUUUGCAAAUUACUGCAAGGAGAUUACGUGGUUCUCUUGAAAAAGUUGAGUUUCUAUUUGAAAAUGGUAUCUAGUUGUCACUCUACAUCUCUUUACAUUCACCUUGUUAUGAUCGUCAUUUCGGACUAAUUUCUUUGUGCUAAUUGCAUAUAUAUUCUUCAUGAACUUUUCUUCUCCAACUUGAGAAAUGGUCCAUCAGUUUCUCAGAAAGUCGAAAGCCCUCCCAAAACUAUAUGCUUUGAUUUUUUCUGAAUUUUUAUUUGGGGAUGUUUAAAAAUGAAAGGUAAGAGAAUUUGAAUGGGGAAGAAUACAAUUUACAGGGCAAAUUUAUGCAAUAAUUUUACGUGUAACAUUUAAAUGAUGUUUUAGGAGAAUUAACUUUGUUAUAGUCAGCAAAUUGCUAGAUUUCUCCAAAUACAAAAAUUUACAGUAUUUGAUAUGUUUACUUACGAUAUAGUCUAGAUGUGCCUCGGUGCUUCCUCCAAAGUUGCAUGUUUAGACCAAUUUGCUUCUGCUUUAUGAUUGAAGUGGACAUUUCUUUGCAUUUAGAAGCUACAUUGCUUUAGAUGCAUCUCAGUAUGCUGCGCGUUGACUAACUUGUCGCAUUCACUGUUUGGAUAGGUGGGAGUAUAUUGGCGUCACUUGGUUCCUUUCAGCAAAUGUGGUUUUCAAAAUCUAAGUUUGAGGAACAUGGAGCUUCUAAUGUUCAAAGAAAAUGCCCGUAAAGUACAUUACUGGUGCAGACAAUUAUCACAUUAGACAAAAAUUCAUGGAGCUGACUUCACUUUUGAUUAGUUCACUGACGGUAUGGGUUGCUCGGUUUUAAUAUCCUGCUUUAUAGGCGCCCAAACAAUGUACUAUAUAUAUUGUACCUCUCGCGAAUCGUUGCUAAUGUUGUACAAUUACGUUACCUGACUUUUAGUUCAACAAAUUAUACUUGUUAGGGAAUCUUUCAAGUUUGUACUUGUUACUGACUUUUAGUUUAACAAAUUAUAUUUGAGCAUUGACUUUUGCUUUUAGAUUACUAUAUGCAUUCUGUUCUUUGGGAUAAUUUUACAAGUCCUUUGGAUUUUUUGAUUGACGGAAUGUAUAGCAGGGACUGGGAGCACUACCCGCAGGUUGCUUCUAUAUAAAAAAAAAAAAAAAAAAAACUCCUGACAGUUAAAAGUGUCAGCAUAGCUCCGUUAAAAAAACUCCUACUUAUUACUAACUAUAACUAUCCUGACACUUUCGAUUAUCAAGAAAACGAAUUUUCGUUGGCAGAUGAGAUGUUAUAACAGUAUAGUUUUCCUGACACAUUUGAAUACUACAUACCUAUCCCUACAUUGGAAGGGACGACACUCGUCCGAGGUGUGAGGAAAGGUAAAGUGUCAUGUUAGAUUAUGUAUACGGACACCUCUAAAUGCCGUUAAAGGUCAUUUUUGUUGUAGUGGUAAUACGCAGGGUUCUUCUGUCCAAAGACCUUUUAAAGGAUGAAAGGACAAUUCUGAAGAUCAAUUGGACAGAUACACAGGUUGGCAUCGAUAUAUCCCAGAGAUGGAGUAAAUGAUCCAUUGACCUUUCAUGGAAAGCUUCAAUCAGCGGCUGAGCAAGAGCACAUAGAAGGAUCGAUAAAAGCUCUACUGAACGCGGCGAGGGAGACAUUCAAUUUUGGUGAAAUUCCUAUAAUGGCGGGACACAUAGUUUACCCAAAGUUUGAACACGAGUAUGAACCAAUUAAGGAAAUAGGAAGCGGUAGCUUUGGAGUCGUGUUUGAAUGCAAGGUCAAACUUGAUGACACGUAUUGUGCUGUUAAGCUUAUACGUUUUCCCGCAUCAGAAGAUGAAGAAGAAGUUCAACGUACCGAAUCAAGAAAAAAAGUUCAACGUGUGAUUAAUGAAGUCAAAAUGCUCAGUCUUGCACAACAUCCAAAUGUUGUGCGCUAUUCUCAGGCAUGGAUUGAAGAUUACAGAGAACAAAAUCGGGUCAGAGGUUAAUACUCUGGUUCCGCUUCAUAUGGCCCGAGGGAGAGGAUGAUGUAUAUUCAUAUGGAACUUUGUAAGGGGUCAUUGAAGUCUAAAUUAACGGAGGAGGAGGAGCUACGUACGGAUAUGGCAUGGAGUUACUUUCGGCAGAUUUUGGAGGCUUUACAGUUCAUACACGGCAAAGAUAUUAUUCAUCGGGACUUGAAGCCGGAUAAUAUUUUCAUAGACAACAGUGGAACAGUGAAAAUUGGGGACUUUGGAUUAGCUCUGCGUGAGGUUGUCAGAUCGACCACAAAGGAUGUCAGUUCGACCACAUCCUCGACCACGAAGGAUGUCAGUUCGACCACAAAUUCGUCACCAGUUGGUACGUAUCUCUACCGUGCACCUGAAAUGAAAGAGAGGGACCCCAACAAGCCCACCAACAAGCCCACCAACAAGGUGGACAUGUAUGCCUUGGGGUUGAUUGUAUUCCAGCUGUUUUGUCCCCGGAGAUGUUCUGAGCUCGAACUGUUGAAACUAACAGAAUCGCCCGGGCAAGUUUGCGAAAAGUAUAAGGUGGAUGAAACUGCCAAGCCCCUGAUCUUGAAGCUACUUCGGACAGAUCCAUUGAAACGGCCUUCUGCUGCUGAUCUUCUACAGCAUUUAGAUACAUUGGAGGGGAAAAAACAAGAAGCACAACUACAGAAACUUUCAUAGCAUUUUGAAACUGACAUUUAGCAACUGCGAUGGGCCAUGCAGUUGGCUGUGCCUGAAACUGGGGAAAACCCUACGAAAUGGAUGCUGUUUAUCACUGUUUGACACUUGCAGAAACUUGCAAAGUUGUGCACAUGGUGCCAUGUCACCUAGACUCCUUUUUGAUAUUGUAUAAUGAAUUUGUUUCUGCAACAAUGCUAUUUUGAAGUGUGCCAAAGGCAUUAGGCCAUUUCUGUUACUGAAAAGAGUUUCAGCAACUUCCUCCUAAUCCUUGUCUGUGUGAAAAAUGCUGAGAAAUUCUUUCCAUGUCUUGUGUUAUUAACUGGGCAUUCAAGAAGUUAAAGUCUGCUUUCCUUCAUUGAUAA